UCUCAUUCUAAAAGAUAAAUCUGCACACUGCAUGUCUCCCUUUUCCUGGAGAUGCAUAAAUACUCUAUUGGCGGAGGGAAUCAUCAAUGUCUUGUAGAUCUACUCCUUCGGUGUAUAUAUUAGUAGAUAGAACUCAAUCCGUUGCCCAAGGUAGACCCUGCUCGGUUGAAUGGAUGCAGAUGUGGAAACGAUGGGCUCCCGUCAACAGAUGGAUCUUCUUUCUCAUGCAUGGUGCAACUCGGCCAUCCAGGUCUUCCAGCCAUCGGUCGGUGAUUGCCCGAACGCGUUCGAAGAGAGACAGAUUGUGGCAUUUGAGAAUGAUAAGAUGCUGCAGAAGAGCGAUAUGAGCUUAAUAGUGGAUGAAGGAGAUCUCAGGUCGACUUCGCAACUGAAAUUUGAUGAUCUGAAGUCAUGGAUAUGGCUGCAGAAGGCAAUUCACCCAGAACUGGACUAUGAUCUCUGCAUGAGAAAGAAAUGGUUCUCCAAGAACAUUAUACCCUGGAAGGAGAUCUCAAUAAGGAAGUGGUUGAAGGAAAUGAAGCAGAAGCGGAAGGAAGAAGAACGGCUGCAGAGAGCAGAAGUGCACGCAGCCAUAUCGGUUGCAGGAGUGGCAGCCGCACUCGCAGCCAUUGCAGCAGAAAACUUGGAAGCUAAUCAACACAAGUCUUUGAGAGACACGGCGGUCGCGUCCGCCGCUGCCUUGGUUGCAGCUCAGUGUGCACAGGUUGCAGAAGCCGCGGGUGCCAAGCGCGAGCAGAUCUCCUCAGCCAUCGAUGCAGCGGCAACUGCUACAGAUGCAGCCAACAUCUUUACUCUCACAGCUGCUGCAGCGACAUCAAUGAAGGGUGCAGCCACACUAAGAGGAAGACAAGGUCAGAGGCAGAAAACAAAGGGGAGUUCACCAGCACUUCUUUGCGAUGACUUUGGCUUUGACCUCGGGAGGUGCAGAGCAUCACUUGCCAAGGGGGAUGAGAUCCUUGUUGCAACAGAAGAUGGUAAAUGCAGGUUGAGAUCAGUCUCAGCCAUCUUAAACAGGGAUGCGAAGGUUGUCCUAAGAAUCAAGAAGACAAAUGCUCUCAUGGUCUUCUCCACUGCGAAAGAAAGUGUUGUAUAUGAAUUGGAUACAAACCCCCUUGAAGAGCCUAAGAAGGAAGCAGAUGGAUCGUAUUGCAUUGGUAUGCAAACAAGCCAAGGGAAGAUCGAGCUCAAAACUGAUGACUAUGUGCAGUACAAGAAAUGGCUCACCACCAUAAACCACAUGCUGAUGCUCUCUUCAACUCUCAGCAGGAAAGAACUACACCUAAUAAGAACUAGCAGGUGUUCUCAGAAUGCAGGAACACGUUGAUUAUUUUCCAUCUUCAUAUCAGUACUUGAAAAGAGUGAGUAAUCUCUGAUGUAAUUUGCAAUCUACUGCACACAUGUGAGAAUGAAUUCCUUGUUUCUAAUAAAAA